ACAAGUUGUCAGGGAGGCGAGCGAGGGGGCCGGUGAACCGCUCACAUCUUUUCUGCACCUACCACGAUCCCCUUCAUCCUUCCUGUAUGGUGGAUAUUAUUUUCAGCUCUUCUUUCUUGGGUGAUAUGGGGGAUCAUUCCAAAAAGAAGCCAGGAUUCGCGAUGUGUGUAGGAUGUGGAAGUCAGAUCCAUGACCAGUACAUACUGAGAGUCUCUCCCGACCUGGAGUGGCACGCAGCCUGCCUGAAGUGCGCGGAGUGCAGCCAGUACCUGGAUGAGACCUGCACUUGUUUCGUCCGGGACGGAAAAACCUAUUGCAAAAGAGAUUAUGUAAGGCUAUUUGGAAUAAAAUGCGCAAAAUGCAACCUGGGAUUCAGCAGCAGCGAUUUGGUGAUGCGGGCCCGGGAUAACGUGUACCACAUCGAGUGUUUUCGGUGCUCGGUGUGCAGCAGGCAGCUGCUGCCGGGAGACGAGUUCUCUUUGCGGGAAGAAGAGCUGCUCUGCCGGGCGGACCACAGCCUGCUGCUGGAGAGGAGCUCCGCAGGAAGUCCCAUCAGCCCCGGGCACGUCCACUCCAACAGACCACUACACCUGGCAGACCCGGUCACGGUGCGGCAGGCCCCGCAUCGGAACCACGUCCACAAGCAGUCGGAGAAGACGACGCGGGUGCGCACGGUGCUCAACGAGAAGCAGCUGCACACGCUGCGGACCUGCUACAACGCCAACCCGCGGCCCGACGCGCUCAUGAAGGAGCAGCUGGUGGAGAUGACCGGCCUCAGCCCCCGCGUGAUCCGCGUCUGGUUCCAGAACAAGCGCUGCAAAGACAAGAAGAAGUCCAUCCUCAUGAAGCAGCUCCAGCAGCAGCACCACAGUGAUAAGACUGUAAGCAUCUUCAACCUGCAGGGCCUCACGGGGACGCCUCUUGUGGCCGGGAGUCCUAUCCGACAUGAGAGCACCGUGCAGGGGAACCCAGUGGAGGUUCAGACCUACCAGCCUCCGUGGAAGGCCCUGAGCGAGUUCGCCCUGCAGAGCGACCUGGACCAGCCGGCCUUCCAACAACUGGUGUCCUUCUCUGAAUCGGGCUCUCUCGGGAACUCCUCGGGCAGCGACGUGACUUCAUUGUCCUCUCAGUUACCGGACACCCCCAACAGUAUGGUACCCAGUCCGGUGGAGACGUGAGACGGGGCCCAUCAGACCUGUCGGUGCCCCUGCAAGGUCAAUUGCAGCAUGACCCCUGGCCCCCCCCCCCCCACCCCUGCAUGUGACCAGCUCAUCACAUCGCCCAGACUUCAGAGAGGAGAGAGGUUUUUUUUUUGGAUUUUUAAAAAUUACUUGACAUGGAAGAGGAGGAACAACGAAAGCACCGAUUGACUCCGAGGUUGUUGUUGUUUUUUUCUCCCUUUCCGUUUUGGAGACUUCAUUGACAAAAACUAAGCAGAACAAAUUGUUGCAUGACUUGUUACGGAGACGAUGUACAGACUGAAGACCUCCCGAUGGAUAUACUACAACAAACAAAACGCUCCAACCAGAAACAGACAUGCGGGAACAUUUCCACUCGGGAUCAUGAACUUUCUCCACAAUUUCAUUGUGAUCAUAUAGUGGCUCGUUUCUUCAACCUGAGCAAAACCUUUUCUUUUUUUUCUUUUUUUUGAUACGUUCAUUGCGUUGUCGAGUCCAGUUGACUCAUUGUCUUAAGGUCGGAGCAUGAUAAUCUGCAAACUAUUCGUGUUGUAAAAAAAAAUACUUUUAUGUUAAGGGCAGGAGACCGGCUGUUUGAGCUUCUCGAACAAAAAAAAGUAAAUUAUUGUUAUAUUAUUUAUUGGUAGGACAGCGAUUCGUAAAGGGAUUAUUAACUGAUUUAAAAAAACAAUAAAAAAGAUGAAUACA